AAUAUAAAUAAAAUAUAAAUCAAAAAAAAGUAUUAAGAAUAUUAUGGAUAUAUAAAAAGAUCUUUUGUAUCAUUAACUUCCUAUUUAUUUGAAAUACUCACAAUCAUAUUAACCAACUUAUCUGUUACUAUAAAAGUAAACAAAAAAAUAUUUAAAGAUUCUAAUUCCUCAAACAAUGAAACACCAUUAAAUAUUGAUUCUUGUGAACGUUUUGUGAAUAUUUAAGAUACUGAAAAUGAUAAGUUACAAAAGAAAGAUGAUUAUUAAAAUUAUUAUUUAUAAGAAAAACCAAUAAAGUUAAUAAAUUUAGAUGUAAUAAAAUAUACAUUAUAAUUAAUGGGUUUGAAAUUUAAAGAUGUUAUGAAGUUUUGUAAUAAGAUAAAAGAAGAAGAAAUGAAAAGUAGAAAAGAAAAUCCUAAAAUAUAAGGAUUAUAAAUAAAAUAUGAAGACCUUCAAGAUGCAAUAUAUAAGUUAGCUUUAAGAAAUAAGUAUAUAAGAGAAAAUGGUAAAUAAAGGCUUUUAUAAGACUUCUAGAUGUGCCUAUAAAUACUUAGAAGAUAAUUUCCUUUGAUUAUUUUAUUAGGAGGAACUUCAGGGACUGGAAAGUCUACAGUUUCAAGUAUUUUAGCCUCUCGAUUUUAAAUUCCUACUUGCAUAAGUACUGAUAGUAUUAGGCAUAUUAUGAGAAAUUUCAUGGAUGAAAAAUAACUUUAAAUUCUUUUUGCUAGUACUUAUGAAGCCGGAUCUUUUGUUUAAGAUCAAACAGUAAAAGAAUAAAAGAAAGUUAUUUAAGGAUAUAAAUAGUAAUGUAAAUUAGUUUAAGAAAAGUUAGAUUAACCUUUAGUUAUUGAAGGUGUUCAUUUAACACCCGGUUUUAUGCUUAAUAUGAUGAAAAAAUAUCCUUUUGUGAUUCCUUUUAGCAUUUGCAUAAUAAAAGAAUUUAAACAUAAACAAAGAUUUGCAGUAAGAUCAAAAUAUAUGACAUUAGAUAAAAAAUUAACUAGACAAAUUUAAAAAAUCAAAAAAAAUAAAAGUAAGAAAAAAAAAUAUGAUGAAAUUUCUAAUAAUGUUACUAUACAUACUUCAUAACACGGAAACGUUGAAACCGAAAAUUAAUCUGAAGGUGAUUCGUUAAUUUUGGAUGAUGAAAAUUACUCCUUUAAUAAACUAGAAGAAUAAUAAUUAGAAGAAGAAGAAUAAGUUGAAGAAGAUAAAGAAAAUAAUUCUAUUGAUGAUGAUGAAGAUGAAAAUGAAUCUCCCUAAUAAGAUUUAAGUAGUGAAGAUGAAGAAUAAGAAGAAAAAUCGGAUUAUGAGGAGGUUAGUGAUGGAGAUGAUUAUUAAUAUCAAUCACUUGAACAAUAAGUUUAAUAAAGAAAAAUAAUAUUAUAAAGUAAAAGUUAAUAUUAAUUAAAUUUUGACGAAGAAGAGAAAAAAGCUAAAAUUAAAGGCCGAAAUAUGUUUAAAAGAAAAAUUACCAAAAAACUUGAAAAUAAUAACUUAAAAAUUAGAAGUAUUAGUGCAAAUUAAGAUAAUAUAUAUAAAUGA